AUGGAACACAAGAACAAUACUAUUGAAACCGAGAACAGCACUCCUGAAUGGAGAGUUGCCAACUACCAGAUUCCAGUGCCUCUUGGCGACUGUUCAGCACACUUUCUCAUCGAAAGGAAUGGUGUGAAUGGACAGCAGGUCAAGAAAGCCUUUCUCAUGGACGGCGGCACCAACGCUGGAGGUUACUAUGCCUGGGUCCAGAUCCUCAAAGGGUUGCGACACAUUGACCUCGAACUUGGCACUAAAUGGAAGUUUGAUAACUGGGUCGUAACACAUUGGGACGAAGACCAUUAUCGUGGCGUGCGCGACUUAUUGUCAACUGAUCUCGAGCUAUUCCGUUUCGUUCAAAAGGGAGAGGGUGAUCCUACAGGUCGGACUCCACCAUCAACGUUUGCAAAGCAGUAUUUCUGUGAGGAGCCUUGGCUCCUUUGUGGCGCGUUGGACCGAGCCAUGUUUAUCAACCGAAAGAAAGAGCUCGAUUACAAAUACCUUGAACCAUUCAUGACGCACAGCGGUCUCACUCUGCACCCCAACCCAGCUCUCCAAGGUUUACCCAAAAAAUCCUAUACACUUGACGCUCAGACUUCGCGCUCCUGGAUCGAGGAAGCAGGACUUCGGUGCAUAACGACCCAACCAUUGGUCGGCAUCGAUCUUUUCACCCGUACCCGGCAGUUCAACUCGGACGGCAAGCCUUGCUCUGCAGAGACAGAUAUUGACAGCACGUGGCGUAACAAGCCAGCUCAGUCAACAGCCCAACCCCGAUUUUGCGUCAUCGGAGCCGAUGGCUAUGGUAUUGGCAUUGGCGAUGGCGGUCGCUUUGUGAAGGAGCCAUCGCGCAACGAAACGUCAAUUCUUGCAAUUUUAUACUGGCCCGAUAAUCUUCGCUGCUCCUACUAUACUGGGGGUGACGGUAGUCCGGACAUGGCCAAGGGAAUUGUCAAAGAAUGGCUCAGCAAGCAUUUUCAGCGAGGAGGUCAGGUUGAUUUGAUGAAGCUGGACCAUCAUGGCUCAACCAGGGAGAACCUGGGAUCCAAAAAGAAGCCGGCUACUGGCACUAACCCCAUCGUUGCCGGUAAGCCGGCAGAAAGUAUCACAGAUAUCCUCAUUGAAUAUCUCAAACCAGAGGGUCUGCUGGUGACACCAGGAACCCAGCAUGGACAUCCUACCUGGGACGUUCUGCUUGCUAUUCAUAGGUAUUUCAGCGAUCUCGGUGAGACUGAUGGCCUUUUUACUACCAGAUCAUUUUACUGGUUGGAUACAAACAAGCCUGCCUCCAUCAAGAAUCUCAAUUUCAACCACAACGACAUUGAUUAUAUGCAAGCCCUUUACAAAAAUGUUUACGAAAGUUAUAAUAAAGAUGAAAAGUUGAUUACCGAAGAGGGAUACGUUUCAACUAGUGACAUCGAGACAAUUCAAGCAGCCUACGAGGAUUUUUAUAUCAAUCAGUACCUCGGCAAUGAACAUCAGGAUGAAGGAGAAGAGACAGUUAUGAACGAUCUCACUAUACUUGAUCAACCACAUAGAGUGGAGAAUCAAGCUGAAUUUGAGAAAAUGAAGAAACGAUACGGCUAUCGGCUGAAGAGAGAGGGUACCCCGGGAAUUCUCACUCCGAAAGGCAGGAUUGACUGGAGUAAGGUUCAGGAAAAGCUUACUACGGAAUGCCGAAGUCUUCUACAUCUGGAGGCUGGAAAUACAAAACUUGAUGCAGCUAUAGAAAACUCUACCGUCGGUUAUCGUCUUUUCUGGGCCUGGCUUACAUGGGCUGAGGACAUAGAAGACUCUGUGUUCGAUGGGGCUCUGCAAUAUUCUGAUGUUUGCUGGCAGCCUAUCAUCACCGGCGGCAACCCCCAUUACCUUGUAAGUUUUACAUUUGCAAACGGCGGGGAAGACAAAUUAAUCGAGGUCUUCACCGAUGAUGGCGAGUUUCAGGUCAUCAAAGACCAGAAUACUGGGGAAGUCUCUCACGUGGCCACUGGCCUUGUCGUGGAGCAGACGGCUCCAUGGACUAGACUUGUCUACUCUCCCCUUACCCUCGCCACGAUCUUCAACCUACAGCAAGAGGGCGAUCAGGCUAAGUUUAUAAACGACUCGUUGCUGAAACAGCCGCUCGCGGGUAUUAAAACCGAUAUGAAGCUAGCUAUUGAGGUCCUUUUCAAUACAAAACCAAUCGACUCCACAUCUUCGAAACCGAGCAGCAGGAAGGAGAUAAAAUCGGCCAAAAUGCGCAUCAACAAGCUUGAUGAGGCCAUCGAGGAUCACAUGGCGCUCAAACGUAUUGGCCAAGGUGAAGGCUUCCAGAAGAAGCAAUGGCUUUUGCAAAAUCGACCGGAAAGGGUGAAGAAACCGAAGACAAUACUGGCCUCGGAAGGGAAUGACGCUUUGAUCGUCAUGAACAGAAUUGCUUUGAAACAACUAACACCCCGGGAUCUGAAAUGGGCAUUUAGGCAUGAUAAAAUACGGUACUUUGCAAGGCACUAUGUAGAGAUGGGAGGACAACAAUGGGGUAAGGACGAUGACGGCGGUCCCCAGGUUGACGACAAGAAGUUGGGCGAGAUACUGAGAGAGGUGUACUUCCUUUUGUCGAACUUUAAGCCGGUGGGCAUUUUUGAAUAG